AAACUUUCUAGAAGAAGAAGAAGAAGAUCUAUUGGAAGUUUGUAGAAGAAGAAGAUGGAGUGUGUGUUUGGAAUGGUGGGAAAUGGUUUCGCUUUGGUAGUGGCAGACUCAUCAGCAGUACACAGUAUACUUGUUCACAAAUCCAAUGAAGACAAAAUCAUGCUUCUUGAUUCUCACAAACUUAUGGGCGCUAGUGGUGAACCUGGUGACAGAGCUCAGUUUACGGAGUAUGUGCAGAAAAAUGUGGCGUUGUAUCAGUUUCGUAAUGGUAUCCCGUUGACUACUGCUGCUGCGGCUAAUUUUACAAGAGGGGAACUUGCUACAGCGUUACGUAAGAAUCCAUACAUGGUGAACAUUAUCCUGGCUGGAUAUGACAAGGAGACAGGCCCAUCUCUAUAUUACAUUGAUUAUAUCGCUACUCUUCACAAGGUGGAUAAGGCAGCAUUCGGUUAUGGCUCCUAUUUCUCUCUCGCCAUGAUGGAUAGGCACUACCGGAAGGACAUGACAGUUGAAGAAGCCAUUGAUUUGGCAGAUAAGUGCAUCAUGGAGAUCCGAUCUAGGCUGGUUGUUGCCCCACCAAACUUUGUGAUUAAAAUUGUCGACAAGGAUGGAGCAAGGGAAUAUGCUUGGCGCGAGUCUGUCAAAGAUGCCCCUGUUUCCAACUCCUGAAGCUGCUUUUGCGUGUUAUGUUUACUCUUUAAGCAUAUGAAUCUUAUGUGAUGGGAAAAAAACUUCAGUCAUUAUAACUGCCAAAAAAUUUGAUGCUAUAAGUGUUCGUUGUUUGAUUGAUACUCCAGUUGUAGUGUUAAGGAAUCUAGUUUUAAUUAUUUUCAAGUUUCAGGUAAAUGGAGAGCUGGUGGUGUUAGACUU